CCUGAACUCGGGACUGCAGCACAAAAACCGAUCCUGAAUACACUACUUCAACUUCCUAUUGUAGAUGUAUUAUUCAUAUGUUGAAAUUAGCAUUUGAAAUAAACGGUUUAGAAUGUUCAUGCUUACGCAUUUUUCGUCACGUGUAGCAAGGAAUACUAAGAAAUAACUUAACGGGAACAGACAUCUGCUUGCGUCCUUGGACAAUACAUAUUGAGACAUUGGAAUUAAAAGUUUUACAUAAUUCUGCAAUUGGAAGGAUGAUCCGAAGUCUUAUUUAAAUUGCUAACUGAUUAAAAGAUAUUGAAAUUAAAAUUAAAAAUGGAAUGCAAAAACUUCAAGAAGGAACCUUUUGUCGUUGGAUAUUAAUUGUGAAUAAAAGCAAGAUAGGUAUCGAAUGAAUAGAAUCGGAUAACAAUAGUAUCUAGUAACAUUUGAAUAAACGAAAUUGUAUGAUGAAAUUAAUUUUGCUCCAAAUACCACUAACAUAUGGACCUUUUGAGCUGAAACUAAAAAUCCGUUCUUUUUGGGAAAUUUCGUUACACGUACGUGAUUUAAAAUUAAGUGCUUGAAAGAAGAAAAUAUUGCAGUUAAAAGGAGGAUUGCGAUGCAGAAGUAUUACUUAUAAAGUAAAGAACAUUGAAUUUUAAAACGAUACAAUGCAGUGUUUUAUUGAGAAAAUGUGGAUUUGGAUCCUUGAAUUCGUAACAAUUUUUUUAUUUAAAACAGUCCUCACCCACAAUUUCACUCAGUUUACUCUCUCAUCGAGUAAUGCACGGUAUUCUGAUAAAUUAGUGCAACAUUUAAACACAAGCAUAAUACAAUGUGCGAGAUUAUGUAAUAGUGCGGAUGAAUGUACCUCUGUUAACCACAAUGCGGACACGGGCGUUUGCGAACAAACAACAUACGUUCCUGGGGUGGUGACACCUUCAACAGCAGUCGAAUCCAAUUGGAACGUUUAUUAUGAUGAUCGUUUUGUUACUGCUGUUGACGCGUGGCAGCAAUCUACAUACAUGUCCAAGGAUAAACCACUAGCAGCAAGCUUUGCUAUAGAUGGCGACCGCGACAACAACGAUAAGGUGACGUAUGAAUUAUACUGUGCUCAUACUGAAAGUGGCUAUUCUUAUUGGGGAAUGGAAUUUGAGCGUGUCGCAGAAGUGUCCCAUGUUAUCAUCUUUUUUAGGAAUGCCUCACAAUUCAGUAAGAAGUUUUAUUAUUAUGAUCUUUCAUAAACAGAAUUGCUAAUUUUGAUCUGUAUAUGCCCAGUAAAGUUUUCAUUACAAAAUGUUUGUAAUAUUUGUGUUUUAUUUCAUUUACUUUGUAGACAUCAGGAAUUCAAAUUUUACAGUUUAACGGUACGAAAAUUACAGUGAAUUAAAACUGAACGUACAGACGUGGCUCUACAAGUUUAAUUUCUUUAUCAUAUGUCAAUACCAUUCUAAAACAAUAACACAAAAUAUGCAUUUAUAUAUUCACAGGUAAAAUUAUCUUUAUAAGUAAGAUCAAGAAAAAAUCAAACAAAAAAAACAAAAGGCCCAAAAACAUAAUGAUCACCUGUCAAUCAGAAAUGUAACAACUUCGAGGUCGUUUUUGGCGUUAAUUUCCCUUUUUAGAACUUUUUACCGGCUUAAUUCGCUACCGAUUGCAUGAAAUCACGGUUUCUAUCCACUUUUCUCCUUUUCUUUUCCGAAUCUGGAAUUUUCUUUUUCGUACGUUUCACACCUUUCGUAUUGUCCGCCAUUAUUUUGGUUUGAUUCAUAUUAUUUAUAUAUCAAUGACGUGACUCCGAUCCGGACAUUUACGGAAAUAAUCGAAUGGCUUCCAGCCAAAUUAUGAAUCUUAUUUGAUUGACCAUGUCAGAUAAGAUUUUUUUUGAAUGCUCAGAACUGUUUCGGAGAGCGUUUCUAAGAGAGAUAACUUCGUCAAUACCAGUUA